UGCAGCGGCGACCAUCAGUAUCACGUGUGUUAGCGCGAGCGAAGGUGGGAUGUGACUUGCGGGCAGUGUGGAAUUGAAGUGUUUCCCUCGGCCUCGUUCAAACAUUACAUAACGUCAACUAUCGAUGGGGAAGAAAUCCAAGAAGAAAGUACAAUGGAGACGUCUUUCACUAAACGAAAUAUCAAGCAACAACACGUCCAAGCGGCCACAAAGAUUCACCCCAGAUCGUGAUGCCUCAAGCUUCAGCCCUGUACCUCGAGACUGGGACAACAUUUCUCCCCUCAACGACGAUCAGAGACGCAGCUAUAAUAAGCGUGGAGCCAACACCUCCUCCAAAAGCUCUUGUGAUUUAACCGUUGAGCCAUCGCCAAUCAACGAAGAAAACAAUUUCCACGAGGAUGAAUAUAGCAACUACAACAACCAUGUGAAGAAUUUCUCAAAUUACCGUUACAACGUUCACGAUAAAAACUUUCACUAUAGCGGUGCAAAUCACCCACAUUUCUUCCAUGGCGAUGGGAUGGGCAUGCCAAGGCAUGAGUACCAUUUCAACAACCGAAAUGGGCUUCCUAUGGAGCGCCCGCCAUUCAAGAACUUCAACCAUGAGCGUCCAAGGUUCUUUAACCAUGGCUUCCCUCACCAACCCCACCUCGAUCGCUUCCACCGCGGUGACCCCGUGUUUAACUGUCCAAAUGGAUUCCACUUCGACCGCAGGCGACCUCCCUUUAGGGUGAAUGGAAGACCUGGAAACUAUAAUCACUUCAACGGAUCACUUCAAAGGGGUUGGUCUAAUGAUGAGGAUGGUUCGGGGCCGUAUGAAAAAUUUGGACCAUGCCACAGCACUAACGAUUACUGCCAUCGAGAUGGUAGCAACAGCGCAAACGGGCGCGACAGUAAUGGUUAUGAAGGAGAAUCGAGUGAGACGCAGUCGGAGUCCGACGAGCGUCCUACCGGAUUGCCUCCUGUGCAGUCCAUCUUCAUUGACAACGAUCAAUACACAAAGAUUCAGACCCCACGGCAAGAAGUUAUCUUCAAGAAAAACUGCAAUCAAAGCUCGUCUCCAAACAGAGUCCUGGAAUCCUCAGACAACCUCAGCAACAACUCGACGACCAAACGAUGCAAGUCAAAUUCUACGCAAUCCAAGAACAAACGAAACAAGAGUGAUCCAGUAAACCACUCAAAAACAGAUGGCAGCAAGAAAGAUCCAGCACACACUUCAAAAAAGAUUGUAGGACACAAUAAGUUGGACAACAUUCAACAGAGGAAAAGUCAAGCUGAUUCCCAAAAAGGUCGGUCAAAAUCUGGCAGCGUUUCAAAGAAUAAAAACUCCAGCAAGCCCAAUAAGGAACCGACUUCUGAUCGAUCCAGUCCCGUAAGAGGCAGUAAGCAGGACUCGGACGAGACCCGGUGCGAAGAUACACCGGCUGCCGACUGCGAACUUUGUCCCAAGUCUGACGAUGACGACAUCUACUGCCAGGAAGAGGAGGCUGCUUACGCUCCAGAAAUUCCUGAUCAAUUCGACGGUAACUUCCCCGGCACCGGCAUAGAAGACCCGACCCUGGCAGGUGUGAUCGUGCAUCGAUUGUUCCCUGGUGGACCUGAAGUUGCAAUACCGGUCCGCCUUACCUCAACCCUGGACCCGUCACUCAUUCCGGGUGAAACAGCACUCACCCCUCUGGACCCAGCUUUCACACACCUUCUGGACCCUUUCUUUCAGCCUCUUGACGCCUCGAAGUGGAGUGGCGUCCCUAUUGACGGGGAGGACCAAGGUCUUCCCAGCGUCGUUAUCCCCGACACCAUCAUCCCGGUACAGCACGAUCCUCUCGGCUGCCCAGUCACGGUGCAGGUGAAGGUUGACGAAUUCGGAAACCCCCUUCAAAUCGAGCCAAGCUCCUUAAUGGUGCAGAUGUCGACUCUGCAGCACCAACACCCAAGCUGUCCGAUGGUGGGCUUUGACAGAGGCUUCCCUCUCCAGUACGCUCACCGCUACAACAACGACCACUACAGAGGGAAUUCGUUUAGAGACAACUACGACGAAGGCCUGGAGAAAAGGCUAGUGCGGCAGAUUGACGAAGAGCUUGCGAAGCACUACAGUGAUGACGAAGGAGAGACACGAGAGAUGGAAGUGAAGAACGAAGAUGGAGAGGAAGAGGCAAAGAAGAACGCGAAGCAAACGCAGCGUCUUGAUUCCAGAGACUGUGAAGAAACUUCGUAUGAUUCACAGUACGCCAGCAUGAGCGAGAACUCAAGUUUACCGACGUCCCCUGCGGGGGAACUCUCCGAUUCCAUGACUGCUUGUCCACCAAAUACGCCCUCAACAUCCGGCAACGUCAGCCCUACCAACUCUGAGAUGGUUGAGAACUCAACCCCUCCCCCUCGUGGUUCUUCUCCGAUUAUUUUCCCUCAUACAUCAAACGCCUCAAGUUCUUCCGUGUCAAUAGCAUCGGCUUCCACUUUUUGCGCAUCAUCUUCAUCAUCUACUCUAGUAAGCCUGUCAUCGUCGCCUAUCAAUUCCGGCAAUCCUUCCAAAGAAACUUCACCUUCCAACGUACGGGAGAUACCUUUAGCCUCCUCUUUCAGCUCCACUGAAACUCUUCCGACAGUUGAAGAUGAUGCCGAAUCAUCAGCUGGAAAAGAGACGAUUUCAUGCCAGAAUGGGAGCGGUGUCAACGAAUAUCUUUCAAUAGCUGACGAUAAAUCGGAACUCGAAAUUGGUGUUCAGCCUAGUGCAUCGAGUGAUUUUUCUCAGAAUGUCUCCAAGAAUUCUUCUUGUGUUCAAGAUAAGUGUCAAAGUCUUGAAAACGUGAGGACAACGAGGAAAUCCGAAGUUCUGUUCUGUCUAGAUAAUUGCCCCGAAACUUGUGAUGUCUCACAGGUGUCUAAUUUGGAGGCAAACGAAGCAAAUUUUUCUGCGGAAGAUAGCGCAGCUUCUACUGAUAAUGUUGCUGCUACACAAUCUACCACAGCUAUCAAUGAUGCUUCGACUGCUGGUGCUGAAAAUCUUGUUGGCCUUGAGCAUGCCAGUAAAGAAGCUGAAUCUUAUGUUGAUGCGGCGAAUGGUGAGCCAAUCAAUGACAUCGCGGCAGUAACUCAGGAUGCGCCAGCUUUUGCGAAUGUUGUCACUGAUGCCGUUCCGAACGACGCGGGUGUUGACGGAUCGACUGUCAUGGUGGAUGAGAAUGGAGUCAAGGUUACUGUGAAGCAGGGCUACGUCAUGGUCCCAAUUUUAACUCCAUACUAUGAUCCUUCUGUCCUUUACGGUUACUCAAUGAUGCCGAGUGAAUCUUCCAUCGAUCAUUCAUACCCGAAUGCGUGCGGUAACAGGAAGAAAAAGAAGAAGCAGAACAGGCGACGCGCCGCCGAAAUUAAUGCGGGCAACUAUUCGGCCGCUGACAUGUACGCCGGCGAUCCCUACAUCGCCACUGCUGACGGUUAUCUGCUUCCAAUGGACGCCAGCCAAAUGAUUCAUUACCCUCAGCCCGGCCUCAUGCCCUGCAUACCCACCAUGACCCAGUACCCCUACCCUGUGCUGCAUACCGGUGCGAUGCCUCCUCAAUAUCCUGGUCUUGUCGACGAAGGGUUCAUAUCUGUGGAGCACACUCCGCUCCUUCCUGAGCCUCAGCCUACUUUUCCAGAUAAUUCAGCUUACCCCGCUCAGUGCUGCGCUCUUGGUCAGGAAGAAAACCCCAAGUUUGGCCCCUUGGAAGAGACCGAGAUGCAACAAAUAAAAGAAGUUUUGGCGGAGAGACUACAGUCCAAACCAGAGAUUCCAGAUGUUGGUUUAACUGAUCUUGAUGUGCCAGAAGCUGAUGGGGAGCCCAAGACUGACAAAAAUCCUACUGCGAUUGCUCAAACAAGUCCAGAAGAUGUUGUAGAUCUAAAGCCGGAAAGCGAGUUGUCUGAGGAAAUCAUUUCUCAUGACAACGAGAGUGUCGACACAAAAAUUGCCUGCGAAGCGGAAAUUCACAAUGCUACAUCAAAAGAACUACCUCCUGAUUCUACUGUUAGUCUUAUGGAUGGUGGUGAUGAAUCUAUUCCACUUGCAGAGUCCUCGUUAAAAUCAGAAGAAGCAAAUAUGGAAUUGACUACCGUGCAAAAUUCACCUGUUGAGGUUACACCAACCGAAAAAUUGCACAAUGAAAAACUUCAACAAUCAUGUGACUUGACCUUAGUCAGACCUGCCUCUGCAUCGCUUGAAAAUUUCGCGUCAAGUGAGUCCGACCCAAGUACGCUGAAAAGCACUAUAGAGCUUCUUGAUUCAGUCGACAAAUCAAGUAUUAAUAAGCCAACUGCUUCAACGGCUCGCACAUCUGAAUCAUCUGUUGUUAUUCCCGAGAAAACCAUUGCUCUGCCUGAACCACUGAGCCUGAAUCACUGUAAUGAGGACAUUAAUACACUAGUACAAUCAUUAUCUGAUGAUAUUUUGACUUCAAUUCACGAUAAAGAUGAAGCAUCUGCUCCAAUCACGGCGGCUGGUAGCCGUAAAGAACCAAGUGAGGAGAUAAUUUCCAGAGGCUCAAAUCACAUCCAACCCUCUAGAAUGAGAGAUGGUGACCGUUGUUCAGUCAGCUUACUACGUAACGCAAGAGAUGAUGUGCUGGAGUCCAUUGCUGAAGAGAGUUCUGGUAGUUUGUCCGAUUCGUCUCUCUCGAACGAGGAACCAGAAUAUGUAAGCAAGAUUACUGAAGAAAUGGAAUCAGCUCUCUCACUUCUACAUACUCGAGUUGAGAGGCGAGACCUUCCCGUAACAGAAGCGGUGAAGCGAUGGAUGCGUGAAGUUACCCCGGAAAAGAUUUUCACUCUCACAGAAGUAGAUGACUCUUGCAUAAAUGCGCUUAGGCUCAACGAAAAUUCACUCGUUGAAGAUUAUUCAGAUGACGAUUCAUAUGAUAGUGAAAGUGAACAUUUAUUGCCACCAUCUUAUUCAGAUAUUAAGGAAAGCAAAGCAAAUAUUGACCAGUCGUCAAAAAACGUGCGAGGCAACCCUUUUGGCAGUGCUCAACGCAGUGAAAUCUGCGUUGAAUCCACCACCAAAAGGGUUGCCAAUAGCUCUUUCUCGCUUGAUAUUCUGGACGAGUAUGAUGGCUGCAGUAGCGUCAGCGGCUUGAGCCAAGGGCCGCUUUUCUCUGCCUCAAGCAGCCUGUUAUCCAGCCAAUCAUCGAGCAGGACGCUUACUCCAUCAAGGAGCUUCCAAGAGGGCGACGAUCCUGAGGACGAUACCAUACCUUGUAGUUGCCAUCCUGGUGGCUACAAGAAGUACUACCAGUUAGCCAUAGACUCGGAGGACAGUCCAUCUGGGAGCUCAUGUCCAGAGUCUCCGUGUGACUGUACUCAUCUUCAAGCCUCCUCUUCUGACCGAGUCUUACCAUUAGCUGCUGAAAUAUUACGCACACAGCAUCUUGAUUUAGCAGAAGUCUCCAAUCUAGAAAAUAGCAAUGCCGACUGUACGCAUUUGCCUGAAAAUUCAGCACAUUUAAAGUUACCUGCCUCUUAUUCAUCUGCCUGUAGCAGUGGUCUGGGUUCUUCCGUAGCCACUACGCCUGCUGACUCUCCCCAGCGUCUGCCAUCACACUUCUCCGCUCCUCGCUUCCCUUUCGUAUUCUUGCCUCCAAACAUAGCCGCUGAAACUGGGCCUGCUUCGCUCAAUAACAUUCACUGCUGUUCCAUCAUGUGACGUGAUGUGCCUUAUUCUCAUAUUCUUGUGUUUUCUCUUAAAUUGGUUUGCAAUGGUUGCUGAUGUAAGAAUAUUUUCCCACUGAGCUUUUUCAAGCGACCAAAUCGACCUAAAGGCAAUACCUACUCCAGGUUCUCCUUAGGUAGUUCAUCUUCAGCAGUUUCGGCCACGUCCCACAACGAAAGUUAGCCCAACUUACCGAUGCUCCACUAGAAAGUAGCAGUGACUUUCUUGAAGUAAAUUAUCCGAUCUAUAAGGUGUACUAGGACCUCUGCAAAACCACUUACGCUUCUCUUUCAACGCGCCCCAUACUUCGCUCAGCUCAUGUUGCUCUUCAAUGCUUCACAGCGGCCAAUUUUCAUUAGUAUGUAUGUAACAUGUUAUGCCAGAUUACCGGUAUUCGAUCGUCCUACCAUCCCUCAUACUCCAAACUCCUCAACUAUUUUGAAAUAUGCAAGUGCAAACUGUUUAUUCUUAGGUGAUUUUGGAUUUAGUUUUAGGUGUUGUUCUAGGAUCUAAGUGUACUCAAUAAGAAUUUUUCCAAAGUGGAAACUACGUUGAAAAGACUAACUAUUUUUGGUGCUAAUGUUACUAGCACGAAGUAACCUGGCUGGCCCGUGUUAUUCAUGGAAAGUAGUGAACUCCAGUGAAAUGUUUUUUGCAUACUUUUCUAUUGAAAUGUGAUGUCCGAUCGUGUUGGUCUCUAUGAGACUUCGGAGACCACUGUUGAGACUAUUUAUCAGACUCUUUCAUAGAUGUCUUCGAGCGUUGCUCUGUUGUUAUGAACCGGGUCUUCAUUUGUUAUGAAGCUAUGUCUAAUAUGACAUGCGCAUAAAAAAAACGAAUCAAGGCGAUGACAAUGAAGUUGAAAAUGAGAUUAACGUGCAGAUAUCCGAAAUGACCAUCAUGAGCAUUGCCUCUAUACCGCAGCGAAGUCUGACCUACGUUCAGGAAAUCUCCUUGAUAUUAAGGCAGAUGAUCUCUGUUCUGAGCAUGGCAAGACAAUUUACUCGCAAGAGGCCAGUUUGUUACUUGCAUGAUGAGAAACGUGCAUCAGUGUUUCUUACUACCUAAUUUCAUGAUGUAAUUUCCCUAGACACGCGGUCUGAGGUUAUGGACACGUACGAGCUCUCCUCCUAGGCGUCCUUUAGACACCCAGCAAGCUCUGCGUUUGAGAAAAUGUAAUUUUUAAAAUGAUUUCGUUUGGUUGAACUUAUAGGGCAAAUUUUCGACCCAGGAGAUUGUUAAAGGUAUGAAAUUCUUGAUCUACUAAAGCGUCACCAAUCCUAUGAUAUUGUGGAUGUUGUUGGCUUCUUAGUUAUUGAUAUAUUUGUUGGAUUAUAGCUGCAUUGUCUAGCGUGUAGCCACGGACGAUAAAUGAGUGCUCUUGUGUUCGUUUGUUCGCUGGGAACUACCUAUGCCUUGCCUGCUCGACUUCGGUCGCCAAUCGAGUUACUCGCGUGCCAUGAUCUAAAAACAGUUGGAUGCACUUCCGAUGUCUGCCAGUACUAGGCCAUCAAUUGAAUAAUUUUGCUCAGUCCUUAGAAAAUUUCCAGAGGCUUUUAUUUCAAUGCGAGUGUGGAGCGUUAGCAUAUAAAGUUAUACUCUUGACUGACUUUAAUCGUUGGAUGAACAUUUGUUUGUUGUGCAAAAGUUUGGUUAGGUAGCUCGUGCGGCGCAGCGCCGGAGAGUGAACUGUCAUCCGUAGCGCCUUUGUGCAUUUAGGUACAAUGUGAUGAAACUGCCUCUAGUGUUUGGCUGUCCCUGCCCUUCAUAGUGUCAUAGAUAAUUUUAUCAAUAAAUCGUACACUAGUAGCUGUAGUAUCUUUCUGCCUGGAGAUAUAAUUUAGUAUAGAUUGUUCUUAAUUGUUAACGAUUUGUUGUUGAAGAAAACCGGGUGUUUUGAGGUUGUUACUCUGUGUGAAAAACUGGCUUAAGUGUCAUUGAGGUGUCUCAACUGCCCUCUACUUUUGAUGGACCUCAAGGUCAAGACUGAAUAUACGUUGCGAUUCACUUAGAAACGCCUUCCCUAAUGCAAUUUAAAAAGUUGAAUUGACGGUAGAGUUGGUUAUGGGAAGCUCGGGUGCGUAAUUUCAUGAAUAAUUCGUUCGAAACGUUGUUUGAGGCGUGUUCAUGUUCAGCCUAACGUUACUUGAAGAAAUUAGACUUCAAUCAAAGAUUUUGAAUCCCCAACAUUGUAUUAGAAGGAGAAGUAACUCAUGACUUUGAAUGUUGAAUUUCUAAUGAAUUACAAAUACCGAUGUUACGAUCAUCUCUGAACACGAAGACAAGGUAACCUUGCUAUCCGAGGUUUUAAUUUGACGUUCAAUUUAUCCUUAAAACUCAUCUUCAUGGGUUAUCUCCAGUAAAGAACUAUUAGCCCAAUCAAAAUUUACAUAUCAGCCUUAUUGAGGCUUUGUAUCUUCCGAUCUCUCAAAAAAUUAGGUUUUUAAUUUCAAUUUCUUCGAAACAAUUCACUCAAACGCACAUCCUGAAAGUGAACCAGUGAAAUGAUUUCACUGUGUUGUUAUGACUCAUUGUACUUAUUUUUAGGCCUUGCCCUCUCUUAAAAUGAUCACAAUUUGUAUUUCAUUAGAUCUAACCCGUGAUGAAUUAUAAGUUAAAACCUUGGACUUCUUCAUUUAUGCAUUGAUGGAAUCACACAUAAUUCGAUUGUAUCUAGGUGAAGUAGUAAAUGAUGGUCGUUCCACGGUUUGCAUUUUGAUUCUUGGGGAUGCGUUCAAAUUCGAGUGCUGCCCUUGACAGCUGCGCUUUUUCUAAUGGACGGAGAUUAAUUCCUGCGUCUUUGAAUGAGACUCCGAAAACUAGGCGAAAUUCUCUCCAGCAAUAACGUAAUCGGUUGUGCUGUUUCUUGACUCUAGGGAUCAUUCCUGGAAAGUUUGGACAAGUUCGUGUCGUUUUGAUUGUAAAGUCUAGAGAUGAAAUACGAAAAAUGCCCAAUAUUUCUCAUCUACCCCUUUUGGCUUCAAUUAAAACGGAUGUUUUCUUAUUCCAUCUCGAUAUUGAUGCCUAUUUUCAAGUAUUUCAGUAGAUUCGAUUAUUAAUCAAGAGAUUUAUUGAACGAAAAUGGUACGAGUUGCUGGCUGGCCGUUAAACACGUUAAGUGCGGCACGAUGGGUCGUGCCAUCGGUAUGAAAUACGCUUCGAAUACGACAUAGACGCACUUAACGUGUUAAACGUGCUCUUGAACGAUUCAUCUCGACGAAAAGUCGCCUAUGAACUAUUCCUUAUUUACUGUCACGCAAAACGUGAGACGUAAAUUGAUAAUUGUGACUGACAACUGCCUACAGAUCAUGAUUAUCACGCAGUCAUUCACCGAGUCCCAGAAUAUCUAAAUUUCUGUUAUCAAGUUAUUCUGUUUCUAGCAUAUGCAUAGAAGAUCAUGUACAAAUUAUUAAGUCUUGAGGUAUCGAAGUAUCUAAAAGGAAUUUUGUUGAUGACAUACGCUUUCCUAUCAUGGUUUAAACAUUAAAGUAAUUAGUUCCUACGUUCUUCUGGUUGUAAAAGAUCUAAAAUAGCAAUGGACGCGAUUGGCUACGUGUUGGGCAAUGGCUACGUGUUGGGCUACGACAAAUACACAUGUUCCGCAUCGUGCUUUAGAUCUGCGACCUUUUUGGCGUUCAAAAACUUGUUAACUUCAAGUGAACAACGUGACCAUGCGUCUAUACGAUAUUUCGGAACUGCUUGAAACUCCAGUGUCUCGCAGUCAUUGUUAUAGCUUCUGGUUAUUAAUAGUUAAAUAAAUAAAUGUGUCUACUUUUCAGAUAAUUGUGCGUUCUGACGACUCCAUAAGUGUUAUUGUUGAACUUGGUAUUUUUAUACAAGUGGAAUGAUGAGGGAAAAAGUUCGAGUUGACAAAUGCAGCUUUUGGACUUUUCUAAAUUUGGUUGGUAGAAUAAAAUGUAUUGAAGUCAUCUUGAAGGCUCUGCGAAGUCCUAAUAAUCUUUCGAAGACAUAUGUAUUGAGUCCUGUAUGAAAGUAUGGACGAUUUGAGCAACUCUCCGCGUAAGGUGAGGAUAAGCCUGGUGGGUAUCUGAUUGUCGAAAGACGCCAUUUCAGUGAUGGCGCGGCCAAUAGCGCAUCGUGUUGGUGCACGACACUUUCAAUUAAACAGGCCCCUCAGUCAUUAGAACGUUAAAAUGAUUCCGAAAACGUCUCUGUGACAGAAUGGCCCUCUUCAAUAAUAGUGUUGUACACGAACGCACAACGCUCUAUCUAUCUACCUACCUUUACCUCCAUAGCUGCUGAAAGGGCGUCUCCUGACUUCAAGGAUAGAUCAUAGAUACCUCAAUUUUUAACCCCAAGGCAAUCCCCACCUUGCGUGUCGCGCCGUACAUACUACCAUAACUUUUCUACCGGACCCUGUAUGUCCUACGACAAUCGUUUUCACUAUUUCAACUCCCAUUUGACAUUCGCUAGAUAAUUUCUUUCAUUCGAAUUGACAUACGACAGUUCAAAGAGAACCCUUGUCUUAACUUGUGCAGCUAGUAUUUCUCUAUAUCGGUUUCGAUACAUCUCUGAUUUAGAAAAAGGAUCAAAGUAAAUACGAUCUAAUCCGAGCUCCUUAAAGAUUUUUCACAUUACAGAUGCUUAUGAUUUUCUGUCAAGAUUUCAUCUACGCUGGAUUGCCCGUUUGCAGGCUUGUGCGUAAGGUGGAAAGUGCCAUUGGGGUCCAAUUUAAAGUUGUUAACGCUGAAUCUUUGUUAUUGUGCGUAUUCUCAAUUGUACAGUGACCCUCACCUCUAGUGACGCAGUUGUUGUGCAAGCUUCGGAGUUUUUAAUUUAAGUAAGUGCACUUGAUCACGUGGAUUUUUGGCUGCAAAUUCGUGGUUGAGCCAAUUAAAAGUUGUGAAAUGUGUUACAUCGCAAUAGAUUACGAAGAAAGUGCUGCUUGGCUUCAUUUGUAGAGACGUUGCAUCAGCUCCAUAACCCUUCCACUGCUUAAUCGUAGUCAUAGUAACGUCGCACCUUUAAUUUAGCAUCAAAGAACCCAUUGAUAUUGUAUAAUUGAAGUGAACCGCGUCUUGCUCAUUGAACAUCAACGCCGAUAUGCUCCCCUUUGAAUUAUUGUCUAUCUUAUCCCAGAAUUGAUAGGAAUGAUUGUGCGAAAAAAAAAAGAAUUUCCGAGUGCUUGAUGUUCUAUUUUUUGAACCAACUUGAUCGAUCUGCGCAAUCGUCGCAUAAAUGUGGUUAGUUUUGCGACUGCAUUCAUACUAAUUUAAAAGUCUUCGCGUACGAUCAAUCCAUGUUCUGGAUUUACUUAAUGUUAUUCUUUCUAUUUGCUAAAAACAAAUUUAAAAUUUUUAAGUUUUGAGAGCGUCCCAAAAAUUUAAAUGUGGCCAUGCUCAUAUUUUUGUUGUGGUGUGUAUGACGACGUACAUAAUAUGGUCAAUAUUCUAUUUAUUUGUUCAGGAUUUCUGGCUUGCUGUCGAAUUCUUUUGACAAUAUUAGCUUAGGGCAAAAUGUUGAUUAAGAAUACGCGCACGAAGUCGAAAGACCACUGAAUUCUACCCAAAAUGCUUCAUAAUGUCCUGAACUUUCUGCAGAAUAAUUAUGUUGUGUUUUCCUUGCAUGUGUUCGGGUGAGAUAGAAAAAAUAUUGAGAUGGAACUGAAUUCGAUGAUCACCAGUACUUGAGAAGAAUUGCCUCUUUGGCUUCGCUGUAUUAUAAAAGAUCUAAAUAUAAAAACAAUCCACGUCCAUUUGAUCAACAACAGGAUUGGGAUCUCGCCAGCGCCUAUUUCUUUUACGUCGAAGCUCAUUAACUGAACACGUUUAUACGUCUUCCUCCAAAGCGAAUCUUUGGCUGCUGCAUUUUAAAUUUCUAUCUUACCGCAAUUUUCAUGUUGAAUCGUGAUCAUUGUUAUUAUGUGAUUCAACAGAUAUUCAUCUUCGAACGUCUAGAAUCUGCAUCGUCUAGAAUCUAGAUGAACGCUAACGAGCUCCAAUCUAGUCGACCUUUAUCAAAUUCAGGAGACAUUAUUAUUGAGACAGUUAUUUUGCAAGAGCUCUGGUAUUUCUUCAACGAAAUGAUGUUGUGUUAUUUGCUCCCGAAAUCAACUCAUAGUGUGAUGGCAUAGGAAUUUCGGGUGUUUGUUCAUUGAGAAAUAAGCAUGAAAUGAGAAAUAAUUGUUCUUUUUAUCAGAAAAUUAUGUUUCCUCAUUUUUCAAUGAAUUUCAUUAUGUACCAAUCGUCACUGCACAAUAAUGUUUCCACCUGAACUUCUAAAGGAGCGUGUUGAAAUUUCAGCAGUGGAGUUUAGCUUGCCAGCAUCAUUUUUCGUAGUGGACAAGUGAAUGGUAGAAACCAUUCCACCAAGAACCCUGGUCGAGCUUUAGAGGCAUAGAUCAGUUCGCCACCUUUUUCACGCUACUGAAGUUUCUUCAAUAUUUAUCACAAGCAGCCUCGAAAGGUUUCGCUGUUUUAGUUCAGCCACGCAAAGCAUGCUCCAAUUCAUCUUGAUAAAUCUGAAGUCCAUUACUUUGCCAAGUGCGCCGAUAUCCAUGUCUGGAACUUCCGUCAUUUGCUUCCGUAAGAAUCGUCUCGAAGUCCCGCAUUUCAUUUCUUGUUAAUGUCACGCAUUGAUUGCACUUUUAACCGUUAAGAAUGUUGCGUUCAUCCCACAAUCGUUUUUCUUUUGUAUCAGUGAUAGGGCGAAUAAAUAUUGUUGUAUUUUAAA